GGGCGGGGGCCCGAGCACGGGCAGGGCGCACGCCGCCGCCGGCGGCCCCCGCUGCUCCCGGGGGCCAUGAGCGCAGGAUGGGCAUCGCCGAGUCCACGCUGGACGAGCUGCCGUCGGACGUGGCGGAGCAGCUGAGCAACGGCGAGCAGCUGCUGGAGCUGAGCGGGCGGCGGCUGCGGCGCCUGCCCGCCUCGGUGUGCGCCCUGCUCGGCCUGCAGAGGCUCUACAUCAGCGGCACGGGCCUGCGCGAGCUGCCCGACGAGAUCGAGGAGCUGCGCGAGCUGCGCAUCCUGGCGCUGGACUUCAACAAGCUGGAGCACGUGCCCGAGGCGCUGUGCCGCCUGCCGCGCCUCAGCCGCCUCUACCUGGGCAGCAACCGGCUGCUCGGGCUGCCCGCCGACUUCGCGCAGCUGCAGAGCCUGCGCUGCCUCUGGCUCGAGGGCAACUACGUGCGGCGCUUCCCGCGCGCGCUGCUCCGCAUGCCGGCGCUCCAGUCCCUGCAGCUGGGCGACAACCGGCUGCGCGGCCUGCCCGCCGAGCUGCCCAGCAUGGUGGGCCUGCGCGGCCUCUGGCUCUACGGCAACCGGCUCGAGGUCUUCCCCAACGUGCUGCUGCGGAUGGGCCGCCUGCGCAUCCUCGACGUGGACCGCAACCAGCUGGGCGGCUUCCCCGACCUGCGGCCGCUGCGCGCGCUGCGCGUCUUCUCCUACGACCACAACCCCGUCACGGGCCCCCCGCGGGUCCUCGACACCGUCUUCCUGGUGGGCGAGGGCGCCGUGGAGCGCAUGGCGGAGCGCGACGAGCCGCCGCCGCCGCCCCGGCCCCCGCGCCCCCGACCAGCCCCGGCCCCUGCCCAGGUGCCCAGUCCUCCGCCCGCCGUGCAGGCGGAGGAGAGGGAGGACGAGGAGGACGAGGAGGAGGAGGAGGAGGCGCGCGAGCUGGACCGGGAGGAGGAAGAGGAGGACGAGGAGCUGCAAGAGGAGGAGGAGGAGGAGGUUGCGCUCUGUGUAGGGCACAAGCCCCCAGGCCUAGGGAUCUCCAGGAAAGGCGAGCCCACCUGAGCCCCCCAGGCCCUGACUCACUCGACUUUGCUUCUUUCCAGGCCCCUGCGGGUACCUGGGAACCGGUAACAGCCGACCUGGGUGGCUGCCCACAAUACAGCCCACCCACUGCUUGGGGGAGUCGGCCCUGCCCGCCGAGGCCCAAAGGGACACCCCUCUCUCCUCCCUCCUGGGUCUCAAACCACAGCUCCCGCCUCUGGCAAACGUCUCCUGCUAGGGCCUCCCGAGCUGCCGUGGCUUUGGGACCAUCAAAUCUCACUAGGUUUGGGAAGACCCAAUAGCCAUUCUCCCCAUUGGGCACUUCCUUCCUCUUCCGCUAAGGGUCACUACCUCUCAGGGGGCAUCCCCUAGAAAUACCCUGCUCUGUAGGGACUGGAAACUGGGACCUUCCUGCGGAAGGGGCAGUUUGCCUCUGCCUGGAGCUGGGACAUGCUAAGCAGGCUAGGUGGGCAGUGUUGGGUAAGGAGGACCCAAGUUCUGGGGGCCUGGAGGCCAGCAAAGGCCUGUGUUUGGCAUUGUAACGCCUCCAUCCCUCCACUGGGAUCCUACAUACCUCUUCAGGCUGUUGGUCUUAAGACCUGCCGCUUAACCAGUAUUCAGCAACAGGGAAAGGAAGUCCCGUGCCCCACUUUUCUCAAAUCCUUGGCCUUCUGGAGUUUGGAGUGUCACUGCCCUCCCCCCCCCCCCCCAAUAAGGAGCCGAUCCUCCCAGCUGUCAAGUUUGAAAAGAAGCCGGCAUGGCCAUGUUGCGUCUGUGCCAGGCCUCCAGUUCGGGCUCCCUUUGCCCCCCGGAAAGGUUCUCUGUAUGGUGGCAAUGGGGCAGGGAUGCUGCCGCUCCCCGGCUGCCUGCUCUUUCCAUGCCCAUACAUGGGCACAUCUGGGACAACUGCUAUAGAGCAGGAGAGGAUGGGACCAGCUGGCCCCGCCUCCCUCCUGGGCCAGGGGCAGCCCCAGUCCCUUGCCCUCUCCCGCUUCCCUUUGGCCAGGACCACAUCUGGAUCAUCAGAGCAAUAAAGGGAAGAUAAUUGCUGGGGGUAACUCAGGGACACUGUUAGGGGCACAGCAACCGAGUGGAAGAAGGAUAAUCUUUAAAAGAAAUUUAUGUCUGUAAACAUAAAUUAUAUUUCCUGGAGAAAGAA